ACACAGGCAUACAGAUGUAAGUUUAAUCCAGGGAAGAGUCAGAGCAGGGGGAGUGAGUAUGGGGUUGCCCCUUUGCUAACGUGCAGUAGUAGAAUAUUCAGUUGGCGGCGUGACUGUCAAGGCGGACUCAGAAGAGGAGAUGAAAACAUCCAGGAGCUGUGUGUUCACAUUUGAUUCUUCCGAGCUCUUUGUGUGGAUCUAUGCUUUUUUUACUAUUAAAGCUUGGCGGCAAGAGGUGUUAUCUCUCGCACUGAGGAAAUUGCAAGACUCUAAAUUAGCCUGUCAGCCCCUGAUGACCGUCUGAUUUCAUGUCAAAGCGAGAAGAGGACACCCAAAUGAAUCCAGGAUAUUUGAAAAGGGAAGUUCCCACACGCUCGACUUCUUUCAGACUCUGGUUUUAAGAAGAUUUCGAUAUUUAAAAAAAAAAAUUCAUAGCCUUUUACUGGACCUGUGUUUUCUUAAUCUGAGGUCUUACCGUUCCCUGAGGCAGAGAUGCUGCAAUGAUGUGCUUGAAAUCUGACUUCCGAUGAGAGGAUUUGUUCUUCACCUGAUCAUCAGUUCUUCCAUAUUUGAAGACAUUCUGAUUUGCCCCCCUUCUUUUUUUGUACUGAAUAUUGUGCACAGGCCAGUCACCUCAGCAAAUUUGGGCAGUGAUAUGUAACAGAGGCACAGAGUGUACUGCUGGAUUUUUUUUGCCUUAACUAUUUCACGCCCUUGAAGGCAUCCUCAGACGUCGUUCCAUCUCUGGAAGUUUGCUUACUUUACCUGACCAAGCCAAAGGACAGUUUGAAUAUAGUGUUGGGACAGCCAGCCCAAAGCCAGUAUGCAGGUGUCUUUAGUGUGCACGGACCAUCGUGGGGGGGUCAGCCGCACCACGGAGGACCGGCUAAACCGACAGAAUGCCAACAGCCCAAACACAGGCACACGCAGCAAGUUCAGGGCUGUGGCCAUAGUGGCUCGCAGCCUCGGACAACUCUCUGUGCAGAGCGUGCCUUCAUCCAGCGAGCAAAGCAUGAGGACUGGCAUGAAGUAUAGAAACCUCGGGAAGUCGGGCCUGCGGGUGUCCUGCCUCGGAUUAGGAACAUGGGUGACAUUCGGUGGACAGAUAACAGACGAGAUGGCAGAGCAGCUGAUGACUCUCGCCUAUGAAAAUGGCAUCAAUCUGUUUGACACAGCGGAGGUCUACGCUGCUGGAAAAGCAGAGGUGGUGCUGGGAAACGUCAUAAAGAAGAAAGGAUGGAGACGAUCGAGUCUGGUGAUAACAACAAAGAUCUUCUGGGGCGGAAAGGCGGAGACUGAGAGAGGUUUAUCUCGAAAACACAUUAUAGAAGGUUUAAAAGCCUCUUUAGAAAGACUGCAGUUAGACUACGUGGACGUGGUUUUUGCAAACAGACCGGACCCUAAUACACCGAUGGAAGAAACUGUUCGAGCAAUGACCCAUGUGAUAAACCAGGGCAUGGCUAUGUACUGGGGAACAUCCCGCUGGAGUCCAAUGGAGAUAAUGGAAGCGUACUCAGUGGCACGACAGUUCAACCAGAUCCCUCCGAUCUGUGAGCAGGCUGAGUACCACAUGUUCCAGAGAGAGAAGGUGGAGGUGCAGCUACCUGAGCUCUUUCAUAAGAUAGGUGUGGGGGCCAUGACGUGGUCACCCUUGGCCUGUGGGAUCAUCUCAGGGAAAUACGACGGCAGGGUGCCUCCCUACUCUCGGGCUUCUCUGAAGGGUUACCAGUGGUUGAAGGACAAGAUCUUGAGUGAGGAGGGCCGGCGUCAGCAGGCGAAGUUGAAAGAGCUGCAGGCAAUCGCGGAGCGGCUGGGCUGCACUCUGCCCCAACUCGCCAUCGCGUGGUGUCUACGGAACGAGGGGGUGAGCUCUGUGCUUUUAGGGGCUUCCAACACGGACCAGCUGAUGGAGAACAUAGGAGCAAUACAGGUUCUUCCAAAGCUGUCGUCGUCCAUCACACACGAGGUGGACAGCAUCCUGGGGAACAAGCCGUACAGUAAAAAGGACUACCGCUCCUAACGUGCAGAACGGCCCCGCCCGGCAGGGCUGCACCCGGGCUGCAAGCUGCAGCGCCCCACCUUUGCCUGAUCCUCUGUUUGCUUGAGCUUUUACUGAGUGAGACCCUGGCGCAUGAGUCUGGCCACACCAAGGCCACCCAGGGCAUCUCAUUUAGAGUCACAGGGAUAAGAUAAGAAGAAAAAGG